CGUUAGAACAACAACAAACGCUUUUAAAGAAGACCAUUUUGCGAACCAUAAUUAAAAGCCGGAACCAACAAUCUGGGCUUAGUUAUGAGGGAAUGUUUUUAUCGCUGUACUUGAGGGCGCUUCAGACAUCGGAAGUGCUCAGGGGGUAUCCUAAGUCAAGAUGGCGACGCUGACAGCUCCUUGGCUUGUUCGGUUCUGCACCUACACUACUAGGCCAUCUUCUCUGGCUGCUCUUCACACUCGUGCCUGGCAUCCAAUUACAGAUAAUGAAAAUGUCAACAGUUCUUUUCCCAUCAGACAAAAUAGCAGUGCUGUCACUGCACAGAAAACUGCUUUGCCAAGCAGCCGAGGGGAGUAUAUCAUCACAAAGCUGGAUGAUUUGGUGAACUGGGCUCGUAGGAGUUCCCUGUGGCCAAUGACAUUUGGCCUGGCAUGCUGUGCAGUAGAGAUGAUGCACAUGGCUGCUCCUCGCUAUGAUAUGGACCGAUUCGGAGUUGUGUUCCGAGCAAGCCCUCGGCAGUCAGAUGUGAUGAUUGUGGCUGGGACCUUAACUAAUAAAAUGGCGCCCGCACUCAGGAAGGUAUAUGACCAGAUGCCAGAGCCACGUUAUGUUGUUUCAAUGGGCAGCUGUGCUAAUGGAGGUGGUUACUAUCAUUACUCCUACUCUGUGGUGAGAGGAUGUGACAGAAUUGUUCCUGUUGAUAUCUACGUCCCAGGAUGCCCACCCACUGCUGAAGCUUUGUUAUAUGGCAUUCUGCAGCUACAAAAGAAGAUUAAACGAGAAAAAAGAUUGCGCAUUUGGUACCGAAAAUAAGCAAAGAGGGAUUCUUAACAUCACGCGGUUUCUAUUUAUAAAGCAUAGAUGUUUGCUGUAGUUUUACGCUCUGGUGUAAGUGCUGCACUACAGUAGUCAGAGACUGAGCUAUUGUGUUAUUUCUGUUUUCCAGGAUUUUCUGGGGUGUCAGACUUGCAGAUCCUAAAAUAUGUACAUUUAAAUAAAUAAUCAUAUUUGUGAAAAAA